CCAGCACCCACCGUGAUGGGGCUGCCCAUCCCAAGGGCUUGGGGACCCCAAAAGAGCAAAAUGGCAGCAGGAUCUGGCCCACAUAUCUCUUCCUCUUUUUCAGCUGUUGCCAUACUGGGGAAGAAGACAGAGACAGAGACACCUCCCAGGAUAUUCUUUGGCUGUCCCCCCACUGUCCCCCAGCUUGCCCAGAAGUAUGAUCCACAGAAGGAGGCUGAGCUGCGGACGUGGAUCGAGAGCGUGACAGGAAAACAGAUUGGACCUGACUUCCAGAAGGGGCUGAAGGAUGGGGUGAUCCUCUGCGAGCUCAUGAACAAGCUGCAGCCCAACUCAGUGAGGAAGAUCAACCACUCGGCUCAGAACUGGCACCAGCUUGAGAACCUCUCCAACUUCAUCAAGGCCAUGGCCAGCUACGGUAUGAACCCCGUGGACCUCUUUGAAGCCAAUGACCUUUUUGAGAGCGGGAACCUGACGCAGGUGCAGGUGUCACUGCUGGCCCUGGCGGGAAUGGCCAAGACGAAGGGGCUGCAGAGCGGGGUGGACAUCGGCGUGAAGUACUCGGAGAAGCAGCAGAGGAAUUUUGACGAGGCCAAGAUGAAGGCUGGGCACUGUGUGAUCGGGCUGCAGAUGGGCACAAACAAGUGUGCCAGCCAGUCUGGCAUGACUGCCUAUGGCACCCGGAGGCACCUCUACGACCCCAAAAAUCAGAUCCUGCCACCCAUGGACCACUCCACCAUCAGCCUCCAGAUGGGCACUAACAAGUGUGCCAGUCAGGUGGGCAUGACAGCUCCGGGCACCAGGAGACACAUCUACGACUCCAAGAUGGGGACAGAGAAGUGUGACAACUCCUCCAUGUCGCUGCAGAUGGGCUCCAACCAGGGCGCCAACCAGAGCGGGCAGGUCUUUGGCCUCGGCCGCCAGAUCUACGACCCCAAGUACUGCCCCCAGGGCAGCCAGGGCGAGGUGGCCAACGCCGCCGGGGAGCAGAGCGGGGACCCGCCCGGGUACCACCACUACCGCGAGGAGGAGGAGGAGAGCUACUGAGCGGGACGGCUCCGCCCCAGCCGCACCAUCUCAUCAACAGCCACAUUCCAGCCUCCAACUUUCAUCAUUCCCUCUUUUCAAACUCUUUUUUUUUUUUUUUUUUUAACUUUGGAAAUGGAUCUAUUUUUCUGAGCAAGGAAAUAAAGACCCUGUUUGUA